AUGAGGCGGGUCUUCAGCAGUCGCAGUACUUCUUCUACGGCGGCGCUGGUACUAAUAGUGGCGGCAUUGGCCAUGCAAAGCUCCAUGGUUUCCUCCUCCUUCGAUGUGUACGUAUUUAACGAUCUGGGCGACGUGGAGAAGAGACUGAAUGUUCAGUGCAGAUUGUACGACUCAGACUUCGACACCGGAGUCCACGACCUGGGCUACAUAGAGUACCUGAAUUGGACUAUCAAUGACUACUCCCCUCUAGGAGAUACACUUUAUUACUGCGAUUUCACUUUCAGCAACGGGCACAAGGCACAGUACCCCGUGUUCAACGCCGGAAGAGACAGCAAGAGAUGCCUCCGGGACCAAAACAAGACUGGCCCCGAUUACAAGUGUUUUUGGGCUGCCCGCCAGGAUGGCCUCUAUUUCUGGGGUAGCGAUAACUACGAGGCUUACUUCGUUCUGCAGUAUACGUGGCCGUGGCUAAAUUAA